AUUAUAAGUUACAUGAUUGUUAUUAAUAUGUAUAUUGCAAUUAUUUUGGAAAAUUUUAACCAAGCACACCAAGAAGAAGAAAUUGGAAUUGUUGAAGAUGAUUUAGAAAUGUUCUACAUAAGAUGGUCAAAAUUUGAUCCCCAUGCCACACAAUUCAUUCGGUUUAGCCAGCUCUCAGAAUUUAUAGCCAGUUUGGAUCCGCCGCUUGGAAUACCCAAACCUAAUACAGUUGCUUUAGUUAGUUUCAACCUUCCUAUUGCUCGAGGAAAUAAGAUUCAUUGUUUAGAUAUUCUUCAUGCUUUGGUCAAACAUGUACUAGGCCAUGUUGAAGAGACAGAGGAAUUUAAAAAAUUACAAGAUCAAAUGGAUAUAAAAUUUAAAAAACAAUUUCCAACCCGGAAAGAAUUGGAAAUCGUAUCAUCCACUCGAAUGUGGAAGCGACAAGAUCGUGCAGCUAGAGUCAUUCAAAGAGCUUAUAGGAAUUACAGGAUUGAGAAAAAAAAUGCAUCUUUGCAAGAUGGGGAAGAUGGAACUACACAAACAUCAUCACCAGGUGGAUGGCAGGGAAGACUUUCAGCCUUUUUACAUGUUCAUCGUGGUUCAAGAGCUUCAUCAAGGAAGUCAUCCCGUGCUAGUGAUGCGAGUGACCUUUCAGAUCUUGGAACCACAUGGCUUAACCUGCCAUUACUACUGCUGUCUGGAACCCAACCCAAUGGAAAUGAGGAAGCAAUGUCUAGAAGUGACAUGGGAGCUGUUCCAAAUGAAUGUUCUUCUGAAAUCCCAAAAUUACAAUGUUCACUAGACCUUCCUGAGAAUGGUGUUUGUAUUACCGUUACAGAACCAUCACCAGACAGUGGUCAACCACUUGCUGCUCAAAACAGGCGAGCAGCAUUUCGAAGAAGCAGUGAACUACCAAGAGUUGUUCAAGCUCUUGUUCAUCGGGAAUCAGAGGAGUAUGAUGUAGAUAGCUGA